AUGUCGUCAGCAGAAGAAGUUAAAUUUACGUCUAUUCCUGACGCCCUUGAGGCGUUCAAAAAUGGAGAGUUUUUGAUUGUCAUGGACGAUGAGGAUCGUGAAAACGAAGGUGAUUUGAUCAUCGCCGCCGAAAAGGUAGAUACAGCCAAAAUGGCAUUCUUGGUCAAGCACAGUUCUGGUUACGUUUGUGUUCCACUAUCAACCGAGCGUGCAGAUGAGCUAGAGCUACCCCUAAUGAUCCCAGAAGAGUCAAUGACCGACAGGCACGGCACAGCCUACACUGUGACCGUCGAUUACGAAGAUGGUACCACCACAGGUAUCAGUGCACACGACAGGGCACUUACUACAAGAAAGUUGGCAGAAAAAAGUACAAAAUCCACUGAUCUACUAAGACCAGGACAUAUAUGCCCUUUGAGAGCAAAGCCAAAGCUAUUGAGAGAAAGAACUGGUCACACAGAGGCUGCUGUUCAUCUCUGCGUUCUCACGCAACAACAGCCCGCCGCAGCGAUUUGUGAGUUGGUCAGAGAAGAAGACGGCCUGAUGAUGCGUUUAUCGGACUGCUGGAAGUUUUCCAAGAAAUUUGAUGUGAAAAUCAUCACGAUCAAGCACUUAAUUGAUGCAACAAUGAACCGUUUAUUUGGUACCAAAAGUAAAGUCCCAAAAGCCACCCUGGACGAUGCUAUGGGAAACAUCGAUAACAGGGUAUCUUCCUUAGAUGUUAAGAUAACGAAAGUGAACUCAGAGCUUGCUACAUACCAGCAAAAGCUUUCCAAAAUGAGGGAAGGACCCGGCAAGUCGGCAAUAAAGCAGCGUGCAAUUAAACUUCUACGCCAGAGAAAACAGUUAGAAACUCAAAGGGACCAGCUGAUGUCACAAAGCUGGAACAUUUCACAGGCUCAAAUGACGACUGAGAAUCUAAAAAAUACCAUGAUUACAGUUGAUGCAAUGCGCCAGACGAACAAAGAACUGCGUAAAACGUAUGGAAAAAUCAAUAUAGAUAAGCUAGAAGAUAUGCAGGACGAAAUGCUGGAUCUUAUUGAUCAGUCCAAUGAACUGCAAGCUUCUUUGGGACGUUCAUAUGAUGUUCCUGAUGAUAUAUCUGAAAGCGAGCUAGAUGCAGAACUCGAAGCCUUGGGCGAUGAAUUGGACAUAAAUGAAGAAAUGGGUGGCGAACAGUUGCCCAGUUACUUGACUGACAAUGGUGACUCCGAGUAUAAAUUGCCAUCGUUUGUCGAGGAUGAAGCUCCGAAGAGUGAGGAGCCAGAAUCUAAGAUGCCGGCACAGUUAAGCAAUGCAGGCUGA